AUGUUCAAUGGACUCGCACCUUACACGGCUGAGUCCCUCUUGAUAUAUUCACUCCGGACACUCAUCGCGAAGAAGCUCUUCCAAGUGCAGAUGCGCAACGGAGAUACCCGCAAGAAUGAGCACCUUGGUGGAUCCUCGAAACCUGGUGAAUGCGGCAUCCAGACCUGA